UCCCGUGGAGUGCGGGGCAGGCGGAAAGCCGGGCCGUGCCGACCCCCGCUCUGUACAGUGACUGUGCCCCGUGUGCUCCCCCCUCUCCCCCCCCGCCCAUGGCCGUGGAGAGCCCGAGUGUCCCCCCCGCCGCCGCCGCCUCCCCCCCCAGCCCGCACUCCACCCCCCCAUCUCCGUCCUGCCACCACCACGACAGCGGCAGCUGCAGCCUCCCCCGGCCGCCGCCGCCGCUCCAACUCCACCACGGCCCGGACGAAAGGGAGGAUGGAGAACUGGAAGAAGGGGAGCUGGAGGACGAUGGAGGAGAGGAGGCCCAGGUUGCCUCUGAAUCUCACGAGAGGGGUCGGAAGGAGAAAGGGGAAAAGCAUCAUAGUGAUUCAGAUGAUGAGAAGGCCCAUCGACGGAUGAAGCGCAAACGUAGGAAAGAGAGAGAGAAAGAGAAAAGGAGAGCCAAAAAGAAAAGGAAAUCCAAACACAAGCGCCAUGCCUCUUCCAGUGAAGACUUCUCUGAUUAUAGUGAGGACUCAGACUUCAGCCCUAAUGAAAAGGGACACAGAAAAUAUAGGGAAUACAGCCCUCCCUAUGCUUCUUCCCACCAGCAGUAUGCAUCCUCUCACAGUGCUCCCUUGCAAAAGAAGAGCUACUCUAAAAUGGAGAGCAAGAAUUAUGGCAUGUAUGAGGACUAUGAGAAUGAGGAGUAUGGUCAGUAUGAGGGGGAAGAGGAUGAAGACAUGGGGAAAGAAGAUUAUGAUGACUUUGCAAAAGAACUAAACCAGUACCGGAGAGCAAAGGAGGGUUCUCACAGAGGGCGAGGUGGACGUGGCCGAGGAAGAGGGUACCGAGGGCGAGGUGGCAGAGGUGGAAUGAGAGGAGGUCGAGGCAUGGGCCGAGGGGGCCGUGGGAGAGGCAGAGGUGACCAUCCAGAAGAAGAGGAGGAAAUGUAUGAUGAAGAAAUGGAAUACUGCGACAAUGAGGAGCCCAUGGGUGAUGAUGAGUAUGACGACUACUCAAAAGAGCUGAACCAGUACCGCAGGAGUAAGGAGAGUCGAGGGCGAGGUAUAAAUCGAGGGCGUGGGCGUGGUCCGAGAGGAAGAGGAAACAAAGGAAUGGGCAGGGGACGAGGAAGAGGUGGAAACAGAAGUGGAAUGGGAAAAGGUGGUGGAAUGAAUGAGGAUGACGAUUACUACGAAGAGGACAUGGGAGAUGGAGGAGGUGGCGGAAAUUACAGGCGGAAUGAUCAUGAUAAACCCCACCAGCAGUCAGACAAGAAAGGGAAAGUGAUCUGCAAAUACUUUGUGGAAGGCAGGUGUACCUGGGGUGAGCACUGCAAUUUCAGUCAUGACAUUGAAUUACCAAAGAAACGUGAACUGUGCAAAUUUUACAUCACUGGCUACUGUGCCAGGGCUGAAAACUGCCCUUACAUGCACGGUGACUUUCCUUGUAAGCUGUUCCACACCACUGGCAACUGUAUCAAUGGGGAUGACUGCAUGUUUUCCCAUGAGCCACUCACAGAUGAAACACGAGAGCUUCUGGACAAGAUGCUGGCAGAUGAUGCAGAAGCGGGUGCAGAGGAUGAGAAAGAAGUUGAAGAGCUAAAGAAGCAGGGCAUUAAUCCACUCCCCAAACCUCCACCUGGGGUGGGCUUGCUGCCCACACCCCCUCGUCCGCCUGGACCACCAGCCCCGACUUCUCCAAAUGGCAGGCCUAUUCCUGGAGGCCCACCACCUCCUCCGCCACCACCACUUCCACCGCCAGGGCCUCAGAUGCCACCGCCAAUGCAUGAGCCUCUUUCCCCUCAGCAGCUGCAGCAGCAGCAGGACAUGUACAAGAAGAUCCCUUCUCUGUUUGAGAUCGUAGUACGUCCUACAGGGCAACUGGCAGAGAAGCUGGGUGUGAGGCAUCCAGGUCCACCUCCUCCCAGGUUCCCUGGGCCAGGAGGACCCCCUGGGCCAAUGCCUGGACCCAUGCACCCGGAUAUGCACCCAGAUAUGCACCCCGACAUGCACCCAGAUAUGCACCCUGACAUGCACCCAGAUAUGCACCCUGACAUGCACCCAGAUAUGCACCCUGACAUGCACCCAGAUAUGCAUCCAGACAUGCACCCGGACAUGCCGAUGGGCCCUGGGAUGAAUCCUGGGCCUCCAAUGGGUCCUGGGCCUCCAAUGAUGCCUUAUGGUCCAGAUGAUUCCCCACACUCUGGAAUGAUGCCACCUGUCCCACCUGCACAAGGCUUUUACGAUAACUUCUACCCACCACAAGAAGGCCUGGACAUGGACCAUGGCAUGAUGGGAGACCCAGCUGUACGAGAUGCACUUUUAACGUAUGAUGAUCUUUCCAUGGCAGAAGAUUAUGGUGGUUAUGAGGAUAUGGAGGGGCCUCCAGGAGAGCAUAUGUUCCCUGACCCAUCCUUGGAUCAUGAUGCUUUGUGUGAAGGUGGGCCAUCUGGGUUGCGGAAACCAUCAGGCAACAUUCCUGACUUCAUGCCAUCUGCACAAAGAGCGCUUUAUUUGAGAAUCCAGCAGAAACAGCAGGAGGAAGAAGAGAGGGCUCGGAGACUAGCUGAGAGCAAUAAGCAGGAACGAGAAAAUGAGGAAGGUGACACUGGUAACUGGUAUUCCAGUGACGAAGAUGACGGUGGAAGUAGUGUCACCUCCAUAUUGAAAACCCUAAGGCAGCAAAGCUCCAGCAGACCUCAUGCCCAGCCUUCCCAUGGAGAAAUUGGGCUAUCCUCAGGAGUGAGUGACCCUCGCCUGCAGAAGGCCCAGGCAGGAGGGGGUGGUCGUCCUGCUGACCCUCGUCUGCGGGAUCCCAGGCUUUCACGAAAUGCAGAUGUUUCUGGCCCAUCCAUCCCUGGGGAUUCAGGACCCACUGACCCAAGACUUGCACGACACAUUCCCUCCUCCACCCCAAAGCCGGAAGCUCCUCAUUCCAGCACUGCUGGUGGUCAAAAGGCUGCCUUGGGUCCUGAUGAGGAGGAAGGGGAAAGGGUGCUAAGGGACAAACCAGUCAAUAUCCCCUUAGAUGCACUGCCAGGCCAUGCUCUAAGGGAUCCCCGGUCCCAGUUGCAGCAGUUCAGCCACAUAAAGAAAGAUGUAGUCCUAAACAAGCCGAACUUUUCCCGAAUGGUCCUGUGGAGCCCAGAGGAUCUGAUUCCACUGCCAGUCCCAAAGCAAGAAUUUGUUCCUGUCCCAGCUGCUCUCCAGUCCAUGCCUGCUCUUGAUCCACGUCUUAACAGGCCCCAAACGACUGGUCUUUCAGAUCCCAGGCAGAGGGGGGGAGCCACACAGGGGGAGUGUGGCUCUGGAUCUGGCAGCAGCCUCCCCGACUUUGAGCUGUUGUCAAGAAUAUUAAAAACUGUGAAUGCGGCUGGCAGCCCAUCUUCCAGCCAGAGUGACAAGCCAAGUGACCCUCGGAUGCGGAAAGCACCGGCUGACCCCAGGUUGCAGAAGUCCUCGGAAACUGGGGUGUCUAGAGCCCCCAAACCUGCAGAGUCGGCUCAGCCUGCAGCUGCCUCUGCUAGCAGCGGUGAGGCUGCCCCAGCCAUUGCUCCCUACGACCCCAGGCUGCUCACAGCCGGUGGGCUGAGCAAAGGCAGCAGCCAAAGCAGUGUGCUUAGUGCCAUCAGCCUGUAUGACCCCCGGACUCCAAGCACAGGCAGCAAGGCUGCAGAGUCUCCCAGUGAGGGCAGUACGUCCUCGAAAAGCUCAGACUCCAGCAAAAGCACCAGCAAGGCCAAGGAACCUCUCUUUGUGCGGCGGUCUGCAUUGGAUCAGCCUGAGUCUGAGAAGGCAAGCGCUGAAUCUGCCACAGACAGAUACAACAGCUAUAAUAGGCCUCGUCCCAAAGCCGCUGCCGCUUCCUCCUCCGCCCCUGCCCAGGAGACGACCCCCCAGCCGGGGGUACACAACCUCCCUGUGCCCUCUGUCUACGGCAUGGUUAAGCAGACCACGAAGUCUGGGUCAGGCAGUCCCUUUGCAGGGAACAGCCCUGCUCAGGACAGCGAGCAGCAAGAUGCUGGCUCUCUGAAAGAUGUCUUUAAGGGCUUUGACCCAACAGCCUCGCCAUUCUGCCAGUAGUAUUAAAGGACUGACCUUGCGUCCGUGCAUUGAAUAGCAGCGCACAGUGUUGGUAAUUUUUCUUCUUUUUAAUUCCAUUAGUGCUCACUUUAGCCAUAUAACAUGUAUAUAAAUCCUUCUGGUUCUGGUCAGUGCUGUAACUAUAUAGAGAGUUUCCAAGAUGCUUUUUAAAAGAAAAAUCAAAGUCUCCUUGUGCAGUCAUAACCAGCAUUUUGUUUCACACCUAAUAGUUUGUUUUAGAGCUUUCUUUUGAGAGUGAUUGAAAUCAUCCUGGGAAAAUAAUGAAAUACCUGAAAUCUCCUUGGGAAGUUGUAGCUGUCCUGUCACACCAGCCACCUUGUCCUCCUUUUGUACAGUAGGUUGUGUUUAAAACCUGACUUCUCCCCCUCCAGAAUUGCUACAUGAUAUACUCAGGAGAAGGGUAAUGACAGACUGGAUGGCAGAGGAAUGUGGUUCAUAUUUGUAGCUUUAAAAGAUUAAAGCUGUUAGCCAUUCGGAUCAGUAGAAGAUGUGUUAAUUUCUAAAACAGAACAAACUAAAGUAUUUGUAUCAUAGCCUUUUUUAAAAUUCUACUGUGGUGAACAGAAUUACCAUGGAAAAAGAACCAUGUGAGAUUGCUUUUGUAAUUGUGGGGAGGGGGUGCUUUUGUUUUGUUUUGUUUUGUUUUUGUUUUGAGUAAAUAUUUUAAUGCCAUUUCCUGGAGGUUGUAUGGUUACAUGACAACUCAGCUGAGCCCAGAAUAGGGCUUAAAUUCCCAAGAGCUUCCACGGAUGGUCAUGGAAUAUUUACAUCCCAAAAAGUUAUGCAGUCUACCAAAAAAAAGUUUGUAUUAUUGAAAUUAAAUUAUUAAUCUCAAUCAGA